AUGAAGGACAGCGGGGACUCCAAGGACCAGCAGCUCAUGGUGGCGCUCCGGGUCCGGCCGAUCAGCGUGGCAGAGCUGGAGGAAGGAGCCACCCUCAUCGCCCAUAAAGUAGAUGAGCAGAUGGUGAUUCUUAUGGAUCCAAUGGAAGACCCCGAUGACAUCUUGAGGGCGCACCGCUCCCGGGAGAAGUCCUACCUAUUUGACGUGGCCUUUGACUUCACUGCUACCCAGGAGAUGGUGUAUCAGGCCACCACUAAGAGCCUCAUCGAAGGCGUCAUCUCAGGCUACAAUGCCACUGUCUUUGCCUAUGGCCCCACAGGCUGCGGGAAAACCUACACCAUGCUGGGCACAGACCACGAGCCCGGCAUCUACGUUCGGACCCUCAAUGACCUCUUCCGUGCCAUUGAGGAGACCAGCGAUGACAUGGAAUAUGAGGUGUCCAUGUCCUACCUGGAGAUCUACAAUGAGAUGAUCCGGGACCUGCUGAACCCUGCCCUGGGGUACCUGGAGCUGAGGGAGGACUCCAAAGGGGUGAUCCAGGUGGCCGGCAUCACCGAGGUCUCCACCAUCAACGCCAAAGAGAUCAUGCAGCUGCUGAUGAAGGGGAACCGGCAGAGAACCCAGGAGCCCACGGCUGCCAACCAGACGUCCUCCCGCUCCCACGCUGUGCUCCAGGUGGCCGUGCGCCAGCGCAGCCGGGUCAGGAACGUCCUGCAGGAGGUGCGGCAGGGCCGCCUGUUCAUGAUUGACCUGGCCGGCUCCGAGCGGGCCUCCCAGACACAGAACCGCGGGCAGCGCAUGAAAGAGGGCGCCCACAUCAACCGCUCACUGCUGGCCCUGGGCAACUGCAUCAACGCCCUGAGCGACAAGAGCAGCAACAAGUACAUCAACUAUCGCGACAGCAAGCUCACCCGGCUCCUGAAGGACUCCCUGGGGGGGAACAGCCGCACGGUGAUGAUCGCCCACAUCAGCCCAGCGAGCAGCGCCUUUGAGGAGUCCCGGAACACCCUGACCUACGCGGGCCGGGCCAAGAACAUCCGCACCAGGGUGAAGCAGAACCUACUCAACGUCUCCUACCACAUCGCCCAGUACACCAGCAUCAUCGCUGACCUGCGGGGCGAGAUCCAGAGGCUCAAGUGCAAGAUCGACGAGCAGGGUGGGCGGGGCCAGGCCCGCGGCCCCCCGGGGCCGGAUCACAUCCGCCACGUCCAAGCUGAGGUCCAACUGCACAGCGGGCAGGGUGAGCAGGCUGAGAUAGGACAGCUGCGGGAGCAGCUCCUCAGCGCUUUCCAGGAGCAGCUGGACGUUCGGAGACACCUGCUGGAGCUGGAGAACCACGCCAUGGAGGUGCAGAUCGACACCUCCCGCCACCUGCUCACCAUCGCUGGCUGGGAGCACGAGAAGUCACGCAGGGCCCUCAAGUGGCGGGAGGAGCACCGGAAGGAGUCCUACACCAAGGAUGACAGUGAGAAAGACUCGGACACAGGGGAUGACCAGCCAGACAUCCUGGAGCCUCCCGAGGUGGUCUCCGCCCGGGAGAGCAUCGCUGCCCUGAUGGGUGAGCAGAAGAAGCUGCGAAAGCAGAAGCUGGCGCUGGAGCAGCGCUGCCGAGAGCUGCGCGCACAGAGCCGGCGCCUGGAGGAGACGCUGCCGCGGCGCAUCGGCUCCGAGGAGCAGCGCGAGGUGCUCAGCCUGCUGUGCCGCGUGCACGAGCUCGAGGUGGAGAACACCGAGAUGCAGUCGCACGCGCUGCUCCGCGACGGCGCGCUCCGCCACCGUCGCGAGGCCGUGCGCCGCCUGGAGCAGCACCGCAGCCUCUGCGACGAGAUCAUCCAGGCCCAGCGGCAGAUCAUCGACGACUACAGCCUGGCCGUGCCGCAGCACCUGCAGGAACUGUACGAAGUGUACCUGCGGGAGCAGGAGGAGGGCAGCCUGGAGCGGGCCACCAUCAUGGACCGCGUGGCCUCCAGGGCCCUGAAGGAUAGUUCCUUGCCCCAAAUUAGCACAACAGGAACCUUGCUGACCCCAGAGUCUGACCCAGAGAGCGGGAAGGUGCUGAGCUCCGAGGCCCAGCACCUGCAGAAGAAUAGCUUCCUCCCUCCACUCAGCACAGACAGUGAAGCCAACCACGUGAUCAAGGCCAGUUCCCGGGCCUGGCAGGCAAAGAGGUCCUCUGUGCCCAUCCCACCCCCCAUCCAGAUUGGCAACCCGGUGAUGCAGGAGGCUCCCACUCAGGACGGCCUGGGCAGCCUGAGCGGCCAGAUCAACUCCUCCUCUGACAGCAGUGAGAAUCUAUGGGAGAACCCCUUAUCCCGCAAAGAGAGGAAGGAGAUCUUGACCGGCACCAAGUGCAUCUCAGUGAAGGCUGCCCAGCGGCGCUCGGUGGCCCUGGUCCCUGAGGGGCACCACCUGCCAGCACCCACCAUGGAGCACAGCAGCCUGUCCCUGCACUCGCUGAGCGAGGCUGACGAGGUGCAGCCAGCUGGCCCGCUGGCCUGCAAGCAGCCACCCAGCCCCACGCUGCAGCACACUGCCAGCGAGGACAACCUGUCCAGCAGCACUGGCGAGGCCCCCUCCCGGGCAGUCGACUCUCAUGGCCAUGGCCCUGGGUCCUGGCCGCGAAGCCAGAAGAAAAGCCUGGGCAAGAAACAGGAGGAGUCCCUGGAGGCAAAGAGGAGGAAGCGGAGGUCCCAGGCCUUUGAGGUCACGGGGCAAGGGCUCUCCUGCCCCAAGACACACGUCCCAGGACCCCGUCCCAUGGAGAGCAUCUCGGACCACAGGAUGACAGUGUGCAGGCACCCAGCCCCUAGUAUCCGGCAUCUGGGAAAGGCCAUCCUGCCUAUGGCCAAGGUCAAAUUCCCUCCGAGUGAGAACACUGGCCCUGGGGACUCUUCACCCCUGGCUGUCCCCUCCAACCCAGCUGGUGUUUCCCGACGGGCUAGCCAGGGGCCCCGCCUGCCCCACGGUGCAAGCACCCACGGCAAAGAUGGACGCUUCCCACAUAACUGAGGGGCGCUGCUUGGAACUGGCCCUCCUGCCCCCAAGACUGAAUGGGGUGUAGCAGGAAAUGGGAGGUGGAGGCUGAGCACAUGGGCAUGACCUGGGACCAGGAGCUAAGGCUCUCAGAAGGCUGGGGCUCCUGAGACCCCGGAAUGGUGAGGGUGCUCUCAGUGCCACCAGGAAAGGGAGGUGAGCCCAGGAGGCGUGGCUGGGAUGGCAGGACUCCCUGGCCUCCCAGCCCUGGACAGAAAAUCCUGUUGCCAAAACCCUGUCCUGAGACCCGUGGCCAGACUUAGCUUUGG